AAAAUCCGCUCCACUCCACCGCAGUCCUAAUCUGCUGCUUGACUCACUCUGCAGGAGUCCCAUCCUACGGCGACCAUGACGCUGAUGCAGGCUCCGGGCUCCAGACUUGGGCAGAUCUGCGUGCUGAUGCUCAUCUUCACGGUGGUGCUGCAGGCUUUCGGUAUGGCCGUGUUUUACAUGUAUCUCAACAAGGAGCUGAAGCAGAUGCAGGACAAAUACUUCAAAAGUGGCUUGGCUUGCUUCUUGGAGGAAGAUGACAGUUCCUGGGACUCCAGUGAUGAUGAGAGUAUGAUCGAUCCCUGCUGGGAACUAAAGUCACAACUCUAUCUGUUUGUUAAAAAGAUGAUUUUGAGAACCUUUGAGGAAAUGAUUCCUACAAAUCCAGAAAAACAAUAUGAUCCUUACCUAGAGAGAGGAAAUGGUCCUAAGAGGGUAGCUGCUCAUAUAACUGGAAACACUCAGAAAAGAAGCAUGUUGCCAGUUCUAGGCUCCAAGAAUGAAAAAGCUGUGGGCCAUAAAAUAAUUUACUGGGAGUCAUCAAGAAAAGGACAUUCGUUCUUAAAUAAAUUGAUCUUAAGGAAUGGAGAGCUGAUUAUCCAAUACACAGGAUUUUAUUACAUCUAUUCCCAAACAUACUUUCGAUUUCAGGAACCUGAGGAAGGUUUGGGAACUGUUUCAACAGAAGAGAACAGAAAAAAAAUCAAACAAAUGGUACAAUAUAUUUACAAAUACACAAGCUAUCCUGACCCUAUACUGCUGAUGAAAAGUGCUAGAAAUAGUUGUUGGUCUAAAGAUUCAGAAUAUGGACUCUAUUCCAUCUAUCAAGGAGGAAUAUUUGAGCUUAAGGAAAAUGAUCGAAUUUUUGUCUCUGUAACUAAUGAGCGAUUGGUUGACCUGGACCAAGAAGCCAGUUUUUUUGGAGCCUUUUUAAUUGGCUAAAGGAUCUAUAAAGAAAAAACAGUGCCCCCAGAGUGACCUUUCACUUUUCAGAGUGAUGUACUUCAGAAAUGUGAAAGUAAGGCAGCCUGAGCAGAACAACUUCAACCAAAGGAUCUACCACACAAGCUUUUUUGGUAUCCUGGAUUCUCUACCACUUAGCUACCUGGGAAGCCGCCUCUGGGGCUUCCCACCUUACCACCAGAAAUCUAGAUUUUCAAUUUAGAAACAUUUAUGUGGCAAUUAACAUCUCUGCUUCUUUACCAUCUACUUUGUGAAGAUACCAGAAGACUGGAAGGUCAUGGUCAUUGUAUGCAGGACGCGAAGGGAGUGGCAUACUGCAGGACCCUGUGGUAGCUGUCCUGGACUCUCAACUUGGAAAUAAGAAAAUCCCGUUGUAUUUCUCCAUUGUCUGUUGUAACUUGUCCUUUUUUAUUUCUAAUUUUAUUUAGAUGUGAGUCUUAUUUAAUUUUAUUUGAUUUGAGUCUUCUCCCUUUUUGUCUUGAUGAGUCUAAGUAAUGAUUUGCCAAUUUUGUUUAUCUUCCACAAAACCAGCUUUUAGUUUUAUUGAUUUUGCCAUUGUUUCCUUCAUUUCUUAUUU